AUAAUAAUGGUAAAAAUAAAGUAUGCAGCAAUAAUUAGUCUAACUGGCCGCUUAUGCUAGAUAACACUGAAGGCUGAAGAAAUUAAACGCCUAGUUUUGUGUUCUGGCUUUUCAUACUCUUGCUAUCUAAUCUGGUGUUAUACAUUUAAAUACAUUUUUUCUUUGUGCGGAAAAUAAUAUCGUUUGUGUAUUCAAGUGUAUUAUUUAAAUAAAAAUGUUAUCUUCUUCACAUUCUCUCAAAUUGAAGCAUAUUGAAGAAUACUUUGAAGAAGUUGAAACAUUGUGUACUGAAUUGAAAAGUAUGGUGAAUCAAUAUUAUGAUAAAGAUUAUCAACAGGAUCAGAGACUACUGAAACAACAUGAUCACUGUUUCAAUUCAUCUUCAGACUUAUCAUCAAUCUUAAAAACGUUUGAAUUCAACCAAUUUUAUAGUCAUGAAAAAUGCAUGAAUUGCGUAAACAACGUCAUCAUUGGUUACAUUGUGUUACUGAUUGUGAAACUCAAGGGUUAAAGAUACGUGAAUGUUUACUAUUGAAACAAUCUAGUCAAUCAUAUACAUAUCGACAAGAAGGAGAGAUGAUGAAUGAUAUUAAAGUGAAGUCCAAUGAUUCAUCAGCAUGGGCCAAUACAAGUGAUGCAUAUGACUUACCAGUUGAUUAUGUCUUUCAUAUGAUAUCAUUUGAUCGAAUAUUUAUCCGAUUAACUGAAGCUCGUGCUGAACUACGACGUUACUGGAGUGAAUAUAUCCAACGAGUACGUAUUACAUCACUUAUUAGUGAUGUUGAGAAAGAAUAUUAUGAAUUUUCUGCUCUAUCGAAUGCAUGGAAUAAUCUUAUUGAAUCUUUGGUUGAUUACUUACCAACUAAAAUGUCAAGUUCCUGUGGCGUAUCACCCGUACAUCAUUAUAAUCAAUCACCUUCAGACAGUAAUAAGGAGAACAAUACUUUGGCGUAUUCUCCAUCACAUUGUAUCAUACUUUCUGCGUUGAAUGAUGAGUGUGAUGAAGUCAACUCAUCGUUAAGUAAAACAAUGUUAGAAGACUUGGAGUCAUUAUCCUGUCGUGUAUUGGAAGCAGAAACUACCGGAGGUCGUCUGUUACCGCGACUAAAAGAGUUGACUAGUAUCACGGAUACUUUUUUAUCGUUUAUUAUAUGUGGAGAAGAGUUGCCGGAUAAUGAUCAUAAUAAUGAUAAUGAUCUAAAAGAAAAUAAUCAAGCUGGAUUCCUUUGUGAUGUAAAUGGAUUGAUCAGUGUGAAUUUACUUCCAAGUAUCUGUCCAGAAGCAACACCAACAACGAAAACAACAAAUGGUAUUCAUCAAGAAACUGAUACUGACCACAAUUCUAGUUGUCUAUCGUUAUGCUCCAGGGAGGAAAGUGAGCUACCUAGUCUGGAUUUAUCUCAUGAAAUUGAUUACAUCUCUAAGACAAAGAAACUUGAUGAAUGCAUGAAAGAACGCUUUCCGCCAAUGAGAUUACCGCCUACUGUAAAAGAAUGGUCUGUUCUAUUUAGAAGUAUGAUUGAUUUAGCUAGUAUAGACCUACCAAAAGCAGCAGAUCAAAUCAAUCGUUUAUUACAACUUUAUACAGAAAUAGAUAAUGCUGCUUCAUGGAUUAAAGAAGGUUUUCGUUUAUUGGAAACAGUGACACCAUCAGAUAAGCUGACUGUAAUGGACCUAGUAGAAUGUCGAUCACAUAUGGAUGAAUUAGUUGCAUUUACUACUUCACGUCAAAAAAGAUUAGAACUACUUCGAAAUCCUAAGUUAUUUCACACAAGAUUAGCGGGAUUAUUAGAUGCUGAUUUGAAAAGUCAACUAAGUAAAUUGCUGAAAAAAGUAGAGGAUUUAGCACAAAAUUGUAACCUUGCUAUUGCUUCAAUUCGUCAACACAUAUCACGUACAAGUUUUCCAAGGAAUCAUCCUAAUUCUCAAUCUUUUGCCAGUAACAAUAGUACCAUAACCAGUCCUGAUAGAAAUUCACCUGUCCACGAAACUGGUGAAAUGGGACAGUCGUCAUCAUCUUCAUCAGAGGGUCUUAACAGUAGAAACAACAGUAGCAAGGUAAUUGGUUCAAAUUUGAAUUCACCAAGUCAAUUGGAACGAUUGGAAUCAUUGAAUUCACUGUCGACUCCGGCUAAGCGAUAUCAGUUAGCAUGGAAAGAAUUGGUAGAUACAGAGAAAUCAUAUGUAAACUUUCUACAACAUGUAUAUGAUGUAGUUUGGUUAAAUUGUUCUGAUGUUGAUGUUAAUAACGAGUCUGGGUACCGUUCCUAUCCACAGCCUACAUUUAUGCGAGAUAAUCAAAGUCGUUUACUCUGUAAUUGGCCGGAAUUACUUCGCUUACAUAAAAAUGCAUUGCUGCCACAUUUAGAGGCGUGCGAUGGGAAUGCAAGAAAAAUCAAAGCUUGGGUGUUUCUUAUGGUGUCACGUCUUGUUGACCUGUACACAAUCUAUUGUUCUCUUCAUGAAUGUGCAGUUCACCUUAGUGUUGCGCUUGAAAAAGAUCGUGUCUAUUCCUCUUGGAUAACUGCAUGCAAUGAAGAGAUACAUCGUCGAGAAAUGCUAACAGCAAGAAUGAAUAGUCAAGAUAUGACACAGUCCUCGAAUGAAUUAAAUCGUCCAAUGUUGCUAUUCAGUUCUCGUCUGGUUACACCUGUACAACGUUUUCAGCGUUAUCAUCUUCUGUUGGAUAGGCUUGUUAAACAUGAAGUAAAUGAAUGUAAUCGUGCUGAUCUACAAACAGCUCAUAAAACAAUGUCAGAACUAUGUGAAACAGUAAAUAUUGGCAUGCAACUUCGGGGAUUAUCGGUUCGUCCAUCGGAAUUAGGACAAUUUCUACUACAAGGUGAUUUCACUGUAUCACGUGAUGAUGUACGAUUCAUGUCCAGUAAGCAACGUCAUGUCUUUCUAUUCACUAAUGCUAUCCUCCUUACAAAGUAUCGUACUUCAUCCAACUCUUUUCUACCUGUAUUAACCUAUCCAAGUACGAUAGUAAAUUCAACAAUAUCAAACUUAUCAAGAGAUUAUUCUCUUGAUUCUUAUGAUAAGUCAACAGGUAAUAAUAAUUAUACUGUACAAAAUCAAUCUAACAAUCCGAUGGGUACAACAUCGAAUCUAUUGGCGUUUACUAAAUCACUUACAUCUAACAGUGGAAGUAGUAAUAUUAAUAAUAUGGUUUUGAAUUCUGCUUCCACAUACUCUUCUGGUCCUUAUUAUGAAAUUAAGCAAGAACUGGAAUUGUCUAAAAUUGGAUUAACCCCACAUUUUCAUGGAGAUCGUCGACGUUUCGCUGUAUGGACGGCUAAACGUGCAGUCACCUUUAUAUUUCAGUCAUCUGAUCCAGCCACACGUGAUACAUGGGUGAAAGCUAUCAAUGAAUUAUUAAUGAAGCAAUUACUUCGAGAUCGUUAUGAAGUUCUUAAUAAUCAAGAUACACAAAAUGGAAACUUAUCUUCAGCUAAACAAACGCAUUUCAAAUCAGAUAUAUCAGAUCGUAGUAAAAGUUUACCAGUUGGAGAGAAAUCUUCAUCUCAAGAAUGUCGUACGAAAAAGGGAUCAGUUGUAUCAUUACCGUCUACAGUCGAUCAGAUCUCACAGAGUACACCAUCAAAUCGAUAAUAUCACUAAUUCCAAUGGAAUUGUUAAUUUUUUUAUCUUCUUCUGUUGUUUUCUCUCUCAUCUCAACACUAAUUUCAUAGGUGAUUAUGUACAUAUCUGUAUUCUUGUCUCUAUUUAUAGACAUUAUGUUACUAAGGUUGUUUUAGUUGUAAAUUCUCUCAAUUAUUCAUCAUUCCUAUGAUUAUUUUUCUCUCCAUAUGUUACACUUUGUUUACCUUCUUUAUACUUUCUUCACCCUGCGUCUAUAUUAUCGCCUUUCGGUUCCUUUUGGCAUUCUAUUCAUUCCUUGAGAUUAUCUCAUCCAUGAUCUUAUUCGCAUGUGUGUAACGUUUGUAUGCAUAGAGUUUUUCGCGGUUGGAUACUUAACACAUUCCGGUUUCCUAAAUUUUUCUUUUUUUGUUGUCAUAUUGUAAAGUUUUAUUUUUAUUGUCAUUGACAAAUAUUUUCGAUAAGUUUUUCCUCUCACUCACUGAAAUUGCUACAAGUAUUGUAAUUAUUAUUAUUAUUAUUGUCAUUUUGGCGACACGAAGUGUGGAUAAAAUAAACCAGAUCAAUUAUUCAAUAUAAAGAAUAUACAGAGAGUAGUCUCUUUGAGAAACAGAUUUACUGACUAGAAUUUUAUUUUCUCCCUUUUUCGAUAUUUUUUUUUCUUAUGAUAACAGUUGCUAAGCCACUCAUCUUUGCUGAGAAUAUGCAACGUUAUUGUUUUACUACUGGUUUAUACUUUUUCGAUAAUAUUCUGUUGAUUUAUGUAUUAAAAGUAGACUCUUUUGUACAUGAUUUCUACUUUCCUCAGUGACUUGCUUCCUGCAUGUGCAUAUCUACGCCCACGCAGAUGCGUAAAUUGGACGACUUUUAAGGUCAACCCUAGCAACUGAUGAGAUAGCCAAUUAAAUUCUUUUAUUUUAUGGAAAAGUACUUUUCCAGACGAAAUACAGAACCCUGAUUGAUCAUUUCUACAGUCGCUAGGGCGUGACCGUAAAUCAGUCUUUGUCCAUUCCUUAAUUAGUAUUGUGUGUUAUGUUGGCUAAACCCUGACAAUUGUUGUGGGGGCUGGGGAGUGGAUUUAUCUUGCGUGUUGUCUGAUCAUAGACAAUGACAUUCUUGAUUAUUCCCUAUGGUUGAUGAAUUGUGCUAAAUCUAUUUGAUUGUUUGACUACUUCUAAGGAGGGGAAUUCUCUCUGAAAUCGAAACAGCUGUUUUAUUUUUCUUUCUAUUGUUUUCUUCUCAAUGCUUCUUCAUUGCUUACUGUCAAUGUAUGAAAAGAAUUGCUUGUCUAAAACACUUAAAAACAGAAAAGGUUUCUUGUCUAAUUUCAUUCUUUUCUUCUUUCUCGAUAUAAGAUGGAUCUUUUUGUUUGUUUGAGAUAAUGAAAAAGAUGUUUCAUGUUUUUCGUUAUCAUCAGCAUAGCUAACCACCCCCAGUUUCGGGUGUUUUUUCGUUUUAAUUUGUUUUCUUUUUUUUUUAAUCGUAUGAGACGAAUCUUUUGCAAUUGAUUAUUUAUUUACUCUUCUCUUCAACCCGUAAUUCUCUUUUGUUCAUAUUAUUUUAAAGAUGAUGGAACGUUUUCCUUUCUUUUUCGAUCAUUAUUAUUAUUUUUUUGUAUACACAGUAUUAUGAAAUACACAGUUAAUAAGUGU